GAGAUCGUCAUAAGUAACAGCAGUUUACCUCUCGUUCGUGUACUUCACUUUUAUAAUGUCGAGCUCCGAUUACUCCGUACCGCUCGGAUUAGUUAUUACACAAUGUGCGUUCCUACCGAACAGUUCAUUCUAAGGUUCACCAAACGAUCGAAUACGUUUCAAUGAUCUUUUCUUUACGAUAAAAUUCCAAGACUCGGGUGUUUUUCCAUUUUCUCAAACUGUAAGUGAAAUAUUAAUAAUGAAAAAUCACUAUUUCGAAAUGUAUUUUCUUCGGUUUUGUGCUGUGUAAGUGAUUGUGGUGUUUAUGUGCUGAAAAUAUAAAUGCGCGGAAACGCAACUUAAACGACUGAAGUGAGAUUAAAAAAAUUCGCGUUUGUUUGAUCGUUAUUACCAUGUUUCAGCAGUUGUAGGUGGUAUUUGCGUACUUGAACGUGUCGUUAGUUAUCGCGAAAAAUUUCAGUUGUCAGAACACAAUAAGCUCGAUCUAGUGUGAAAUUUUCAAUCGUCGUGUGAAGAUUGAUUGACUGAUCGAUUUUCCAACAACAAUGAGUUCGACGACACAAAAACGAAGACCUAUUUCUAUUCACGAUUAUCCAGAGCAUUUAAACCCGUUCUCAGAGUGCCAUUUCAAUGUUCAUCCUUAUGUUCCCGAUAAACGUAAAAUAAUCGUCGAUAAGUUACGCAAAAAUGGCACCUGGUCGUCUAAAAUCAGCAAACGACUGAAUCGAUCCGUUAGUUGGAUAGAAAAAUCUUGGCUGCAAGUGGAUAAUUCGCCAAGAAGAGUUUAUGAAAGUAGAAUAUGUAAUGAUUUGCACAACAACGCCUUGUAUGCUAAGCAAAGUCAAGUCCAUAAUGAAUCGAUGACCAGAAGAGAGUCAUGUUCCGAUGUAAGGCAUGAAAUCGAAGCCACACCCCACGAAUAUAUUUCAAAUGGUAAUUCAAUGGAAAAAAGUAAAUCAGUAGAACAUUUAAAUAAAUGCGACACUAGGAGAAGAAAAAAACGUCCUGCUCCUCUACCACCGAGCGCAGUUCGUAGUUCUGUGACAGAGACGGAAAUCGUUGAAAACACUGAUCAAGAAAAAGUAACGAAUGACGAAUCCGAAACGGAAGAAAAAAUUUCAGUUUCUCACGAGGAUGAACCGAACACAUCCAUUUCAUUAAAUGAAAUUCCUAUUGAAGAUGACAAUUUACCAAAUGUUCCUAGCGAAACCCCCAUCACGGAAGUAGACGAAUCAAAAUCGAGCGAUCAAAUUAAAAUUGUACGAAUUGAAAUCGACGUCGAUGAUGAAAAACAAUCAAAACUGCAAACAAGUUGCGAACACGAUGAUGCUCCAAUUGAAAGAGAUGAAAAACAAGACGAAAAGCUCGAUGUACAAGUAGACGAAAUUCAAGACAAAAUGAUCGAUAUAAAAUUGGACGAAAAUCAAGAAAAACAGGCCAACGUACAAUUAGACGAAAAUGCCAAUAUUUCUUCGGUUAAAAACGAAAAUGAAAACUGCAAUGUAAAAACGAAUCAGAAAACAGCAUCAUUAGCAGCAGAUAAUGAAAUACACAUAUGAAAAGCAUAAAUUUAGAUUCAGUAGUGAAAAAAAACCUAAUAUUUGCUUCAAUGCAGUUAAAUUCACUUAUGCAAAUACGUCGUGUAGUCUGAAAGGUGACCUUUAUAAUUUGAAUAUACAUACGUGACCAAGACAUGUAUCAUCCAACGUGCAGAAUUUAAGAUAGAGAGAGAGAGAGUGAGAGCGAGGUAUAUGUAUAAUGUAUAUGCACAAUGUAAGUAAGUAUAUCUAGAUUUCACGAGAAAUCAAAAAUUAUACCACGAUUAUCGUACGACUUUUCGAGAAGCGAUGAAUAUGUGCUAGUUGAAUUCCAAUUUACUCGUUCCAUUUUGUAACUAUUUGUAUAAAUUUAGAAAUACCGAGUUAAUAGAACUUGAAAACCAUAUUUACGAAACUAAUGUCAACAUUCAAUAAUUUAUUUAUCAGAACGAAACUGUUCCAUUUUACUUGAAAUAUAAAUCAUACGUAUUUUUCAA